AUGGCCCUUGAGAAAAGGUAUCGCAAAAUUCUCAGAAAAAUGUGGGCUUCCGAACUAUCUGAGAAGAAUAAGAUCCAGGUGCCCAAUAUUUUGGCCGUUCUUAUACUGCUUCAUACGUUUGGUGCAGUAAAAUGGAACGUGUAUGAGUUAAAGCAACUUGGCCGAAGCACCCGCAAGAUGAUGACAGUCCAUCGAAGUCAUCAUCCUAGAUCUUCUGUAUCUCGAAAGCAUAAUUUUGCCACAUCCAUCCAGAAAGAUCGGCCAGGCCCUUGCCAUGCGAUGUCGUUGCAGAGCCCGAGACUUCGACAUUACAGGACCAUGACAGCGAUUUGUUUCGUCUGCAAUCUGCCGAUCUUGAGUCAUCAGGUGGGCCUGAUAUGGCAGGGCGGAAAUGGAUGGGAUGAUUUAGUUCGCGAACAGGUUGAGGAAUCAACACUGAAACAACGUCUCGGAACUGGAAGACGAGAUUCAGCCGCUCAGAUUACCUCAAUUUCACCUCCAAAUGAGAUCCAAGAAACAUCGCCGACAAAUCAGCGUCGUAGACGUUCAAGUUUAGCACAAUUGACAGAUAUUUUGAGAGAAUGGGGUGGUGGAGGAACUUCCGGCAAAAGUGGAAAAGCAAGUAAACUUUGUCGAAGAGAAACUCUAGCAGACAUAGCAAAAUCUUUACCUUGGUCCAGGCAAGCAACAACAGAUGCUAGUCACCUUGCUAGUUUGAGAAAAAGAAGAGAGAGUUCUGUUGAUAGUGGAAUUAAAAGUCAAUAUUCUACAAAAUCUCGCAGAGAUUCGACAAUUAGCGAUUUUAAAAAUGACUUUGCUAAGCUUUGGAACAAAAAGGAGCAAGCACAGCCUCAACAAACACCUACUCUUAUUUCACCCUCUCAUCGAAGAGGAUCUGGGGAGUCCCGAAAUUCCCGUCGUGGUUCUGGAGAGAGUGCAAGAUCGAGAAGGGAUUCUAUUGUUAAUGGUCAGACGCCAAGUCCAGGGGAAAGAAAACACAAUUGUAGACAUCAUAGACGCAAGCAGUCGCAACAAUCUAUCGAUCUCGGUGUAACACCUGCGAAAUAUUAUAGAAAUGAUCAAAGGCCGAGCGCUUCCAGUACUGACAGCGCCGGCAGUUCCGCGGUCAGGGAUUACUUAGAUGCUCAGAGGGGCUCUGAUAAAAGCGACAGGUCAAAUAGUUUUGAAGUGAAGGCGACAUCGAGCACUUUAACCGUUGAAAUGAGGUCAGUAACGACCGAAUGUAAAACGUGGACUUUGGAACCAAACAUCAAUACACCGACAAUCGUUAUGUCUUCGGUGACGCCGCCAGCAAUUUCACCCGUCACUGGAAGUAGUCUUCCACUUCCUGGUAUCUCCACUUCCGGAAGUUCGAGUCCCAUUGGUUCUCCUAAUGUUAGCACCACACCUACACACCCUUUAUUAAUUACAAGGAGAGAUUCUACAACUCAGUUUGGCCAGAUAAUGGCACUUCCUAGACUAGGUUUCGAGGAGAACCCCGAAGCUAUUCGUCGAAAGGCAAGAAGAGAUUCUUUAAGUCCGGAUUCAGCCUCUUAUCCUAGACGCCGUGAUUCCAAGAGCCAUUUGAGUCCGGAUAGAAAUGUAGAUAAGAGAGAUAUUAGUCCCAUUAGACAAAGAAAAGCAAGACUCAGAAGACAAUCAACCUCCAUCGCCGGUCGAGCACCGAGGUCACCCGACAGCUCAUCGUGCUCUUCCAGGGAUCCCAGUCCAUGUGCGAGAUCGCCUGGCAGCAUCCAACACGCACCUAUAAUCAGAAGACAAUCAACGACCGAAGAAAUUUUGAUAGCCCGUGGCUUCAGGCGACAAAGUACAACUGAAGAAAUGAUACGCUGUAGAAAUUUUCGUAGACAAAGUUCACAAAGUGAUGACACGGUUCAAAGGUAUCGAGGCAGGAGGGAUAGCUCAGCUCAAAUAACAGAUGGGACUUUCGCAAGUAUGACUGUCGAAACCUCGAGCACUUUUUUUGACAGCAGUACGCAGACCGAACCGUCUCCGCUGUAUGACAACAAUCACUAUCACGAGGAGUGCUUAAGAUGUAACAGCUGUGGCCUCAACCUGACGGGGCCCAAUCAGAAGCGCGCACGGAGGUUCAAGAAUCAAAUUCUUUGCGACCUGCACUUUGCGGACGUGGCGUUGAUGGAGUGCUCGGACUUCAUGCAGCAAUUGCGCAGCUUCAAACCCCAAAGUUUAGGCUGCGCAGUUGCAAGAAGAAAAUCUUCAACAACCCUCAUCUUUCCUCUACCACCUCAGGCUUGUUCAGAUGAAUUUUGUCAAGAGUUUCCUCACAACCUAAUCCCUACACCGGGAUAUUGGAUUGAAUGCUCCAGGCAGCAAAUCACUACCGAUACGAUAUGGGAUGAGAGCGAAAGUGACCAUGAUGUCACAGAUCCAGAACAAGCUGAAGAGCAACAAGAACAAUUUAAGCAAAGACAGGACUUUUGUCUCUUCGAAGAAAACGAAAUAGAUACUGAUGACGUUCCGAGAAAGAAAAGCACUAUCGAGGAACAAUGGGAGAAAAAUCAGGGGUUCGAGUUGACAUCGGUCGAACAAGAAACCUACGAAAAAUAUUUCUAUGGAUCCGAACACUGGAAUUAUUUCACCAAUGACGAAGAUCUCGGUCCAGUCAUCCUCAGUAUCAAACAAGAAACUAUUAAUGGCAGGGAUCAGUUUCGAAUUCUUGUGAGGGCCAUCAGCUACACGGUUCAUGGGCUCAUUCCAGCCAGUUGUGUUUUUGCUGAUAGAUACAAUCGAGAAGAGGUAGUUCGAAGUUUGGGAAAGGAGGUUAAUAUUAAUCCCCCUCUGACUUUGGGACAACUGCCUGACACUCCUGAAGAACUACUUAAACUUGACCAAGUGUUCAUCAAGUCUGAAUUGAAAGUGGGUGUGAUCUAUGUUCAAGAGGGCCAGUAUAGUGAAGAAGAAAUACUCGACAACAACGAUAGUUCGCUUUUAUUUGAAGAGUUUUUACAAAUUCUCGGUGAUACAGUCAGAUUGAAAGGGUUUGAUAAGUACAAAGGUGGCCUUGAUACUGUUCAUGAUUUGACCGGACUUUAUUCAGUUUACACAAAUUGGAGAGGGAUCGAGAUAAUGUUCCAUGUGUCAACUUUACUUCCCUAUGAAAAACAUGAUCCGCAAAAGCUUCAAAGAAAGAGGCAUAUUGGUAACGAUAUUGUGUGCGUCGUUUUCUUGGAGGCCGACAAUACCAGUUUUAGUCCAGCUUGUAUAAAGUCACAUUUUCUUCAUACGUUUAUAUUAGUUCGAGUGAGCCCAAGAAUAAAAAGGAAAGUCACUAGAUACGAGGUGUCUGUGGUUACAAGAGAUGAAGUAGGUGCUUACAAGCCUUAUCUUUGGGAACAAAGUGUGUUCGAAAAGGGUCCCAUGUUUCGAGAAUGGAUUCUUACGAAAAUCGUUAAUGGUGAAAGAGCGAGUUACUCUGCACCGAAAUUCGCUAGAAUGCAGGAGAGAACAAGGAGCCAAAUGUUGGAGGACAUAGUUGCUAAUUUGGCGAACCAUGCUGAAACAGGACAAAUUCCAAAACCUUACAGACGUGGGUCCUGGAGACCCAUUGGACACAUGAGACCUUCGUCGCCUUUGUUGGACUCAGUUCGGGAUCAAUUUGAGGAUUACGACCAACUAGCGAAAGAUUUCACAAGAGUAUUUUUGAAUAGUACAGAAAAUGUGACUCUUAACGCGAGUCUUUUCGACGUUACAUUUUUGGUACCUGGUCAGCAGAAGCAAAAAGUACGAUUUAUAGGGGUCAGAGCUAUUUUAGGAGUUAGAAGCCGAGUUUUUCAAGAAAUGUUAUAUGGAAUUCAAGCUGGGUUUGGAAGUCCUCAAGUUCCUGUCGCUGAAUUAUUAGCAAGACCAGUGCCAACUUUACUCAGUCCGCAGAGGCCAAAGAGUUCAAAUUUUCUUCAAGUACCUGACAUGGAAAGCCCUAGGCCCAAAAGUGUACCAUCCUCGCCUAUGGUGAAAAGGGCUUUUUCUCGACUCGGUACCAUUACUGCGGGCUGGGGAAGGAGUAUAAGAAAACAUGGAAGUGGAAAUACAUUGCAGAGCGACGACCGGAAACGAUGGUCUAGUUCACAAGACUGCAGCAAUAAGGAAUCCAAGGACAAAGACAAAGGAUCCAAUUCACUGGCAGUGCCAAGAUUGAGUGUCUGUGCAGAUGCUCAAAAAGUUGACAGAGCCAAAUUGGCGCAAACUGAGUUUGAUAUAAUCGAAUUCGAUCCAGAAACCUUCAGAAUUCUUUUGGACUACCUCCAUACCGGAUCUUGUCCUUUAACCUGUAGCAAUAUUCCUGGCUUGAUCUGUGCUGCUGAGCACUACGAUCUUCCAGAACUUCUACAGGCUUGUUUCCAUCAUGCUAAACAAUUUCUCCGAAUUGAAAUUGUGUGUGUUAUGCUCUGCUCCUUAGAAAACUACUACUGGCGAUAUACCUCUGCCUCGGAACUAGUCAACAUGAUUCUCGCCUUUGUUGAAACUAGGGCUUAUCAACUUUUCCAGAGUCCAGAAUUCUUGACAUUAAGCGAGUCGAUGGUUCAAAUGAUAAUGUGUCGCGGACUUGAGGUGAUCGAGAUCAAAAAGUUCGAGGCAAUGCUUAGUUGGGCCAAACAUAGGAUCAAGACCAAAUCGUCAAAAAUUGAUGCCAAGAUGGAAUUUAAAUGCAUCAUGGAGAGACUCAGCAGAGAUCUUAAACUGUAUAGGAUAACACCUCAAGAACUUAUCAGAAUAGUGCUACCUUCAAAAGCUAUCAAAAAUGAAAGGAUUUUAGAGACUCUGAUGUUUCAAGCAAAUUCUGGUAUCUACAGAAACGUUGACCGAUAUUUGGAGGCCUAUCAGAAUAGGAUACAAAACCAAGAAAGUUUUGAUUGCGGAUUAUGAAACUUACAACUAAUAUAAAUUAAGGAAAACGACGUUUUUAAUUACAAGAAAGAAACGCUGGAUCUACUUUUAAAUUUUGUAAUUUCUACAGAGAAUGACAAAUUUGAUCAAAUCUACAAACUUUUUUGUAAUUUAAAGAAACUUAUACACGAAACCAAAGCUUAGAUGUGUUUUCACAAAUCAAAGAUGGUGCUAAAGUAUUUUCUUAAAUUAAUGUUCUCUCGAAAUUGUAGAAAUUACAAAUGCUCGAAAUGUCUAGUCUGUGAACCAAAAUCGCUCAAAGAUUUCGUAAACGAGAUCGCAAAACGUUUUCGUUUAAUAAUUGCGGCUAUAGAACGUAUUAAAUUACGAAAAACAUGAAAUGAAAGUCUUUGAUGGAGCGAUUUCUUUAAUUUUGCUAAAAAAGGGGAAAUAAAUCGGCAGUAAACAAAAAAUUUCUUGGCGCGAAUGAACUCAAGCAAAGUCUGGUAUAAAAAUUUGCAGCUGCAGCAGACCGCGGUAAACUUGAUUGCGUGGCGCAGCGCGUGUGAAUAAAUAUUUUAAAUUGCAAUACAGAAGCGCAAAAAUGCACAUUUUUUCAUAGUUUAAUUAAAGUUGCGAGAGAACUGAGAAAAUGUAUGCCAAUAUGCGCAGAAGAUCGGCUCUUCUUCACGAAUAGACAAACGCUCACGUUUUAAGCAUAGUGAUAAGUUAAGAAAAAAAUUAAUAAAACUUGGUCCGCCGCGCUGUAGGGCGCUUCUAUUGAUGUAAAAUUAUUUCUUGGCAAUUACACGACUCAAUUUUACUCCAUUUUGGAUUAAAAGGAACUUGACAAUGUAAAACAUUCUCGCAAAUUUUAAUAUUACUUCGUGGAAUUGGCUCGUGAUUGAUUUUCGAGGCAAUCUUCAAUAAAAAAGGCCAAAAAUGACAAUCUUUACGAUAAAGAGAAACUACUAAUAAUACAAUAAAGUAACGAUUAAAAGGCAUAAAUAAUAUAAAUCUGUUACAAAAACAACGUUAAUAAUGUAUUAAUAACUUGAAUAUACUGCUAUAUAUAAUAAUUAAUAAUGAUACUAAAUGAAGAAAGCGUUGAUGUUGAAUGUGAGGUAAAACAAAAUAUUUGAAGUCUGUUCUGUUUUUCUAUUGUAGAUUUUGUAUCUCCAAUAUUCUAAGUCAGACAUUCUAAAUAUCUGUGAAGAGGGCUGAUAUUAAAAGUAUAAAAAGAAAAAAAUGCAAUAACCGACCCAAUUUUUUAACGAGAAAUGUGCGUCAUUAACAAAUUAAUCGACAUAUUGCUUUCCCUCUUACGUGACAAAUAAUCAUAUCGAAAAAAUUACAAAAAUUAAAUUUCAAACACAUAAAAUUCGACUUCUUACUCAGAAGAAAACUCAAGUGUCAAAAAAGGAAUGAAGCCAAACUGUUUUUAAUUUUUUUUUCACAAGUUAUACAUUUUUCUACAGUGAAUCUGGACACAAACAAUUAAUUAAUAUGUGCCCCGUUUUAAUAGUAGACGUGAAAAACAUCUGUCGUAGUUAAAAAACUGAAAGCGAAGAAAUAUUUUUGACUCGGUCUGUGUGUUGAACGUAUCAUGAGAAUCACUCGACCAAAAAUUAAAAACUUUUUUCCAGUUUAUAUACAUUUGCAAUAAGUUAAAUAAUUCAUAAGUUCAAAUAAAUUAUGGAAUUUUCAAGAAUUACACUAGGUUUUUUUUAAUCUAUGAUUUUUAGAAUAUUUGUUAAACAUGGAAUAAUAAAUAUGCAAUACAGAAACUAAUUUAUUUCCAAAUUCAACUAAUUAAGAAAAAAAUCGAUUGAUUCUCUUGUAAAUAUCCGAUAUAUUUUCCAGAAUUCAAUAUUCUCGUACUCCUGCUGUGUAAAUUCAGUUAAGUUAUUCAGGUAACAAGUGCGAUAUGUGACGUAUAUAGAAAUAAGUAAUUAUCGGUUCACCUGAAAAAACUGAGUGAUCGCCAAAACUAUUAAGUGUCUUAUUGUUCAGGCAAAAGGCUGGACAAAAGUAGAUCGUUCCUGAUCGAAUAGCUCACAAUAAAAUGUUGGGGCUUUUUGCGAAAAUUUAUUUUUUUUCCACCAGAGAAUGUAAACAGAAAUAAUCUAUUGUUUUGGAGGGUAACGCUUCAAAUCAGUACAAACUCACUAUAUAAUAUAUAGUUAUAUUUCUCUUAUUUCCUCCAAAACAUCGCUUUUAUUACUGUGUGCAAAAUGUAAAAGUCGUUUCACACAAAGAGAAAAUUAUAGAAUUUUUAAAUUAAAACUACCCCGCACAAAGUGAACGAAAAAGGUCUUUCGGUCAAAUUUCGGUUUUCUCAGGCUUCAGGUGAUGCUUAUCGGAAGCCGUAAUGAAACAUCUCACCUCGCACAUCACAACAAUUUCAUAUGACUGUAUGAUUGAACAUUGAGAGAGAUCAACACUAAGUCCAGCCAUUGCCGCCUACAUUUUUCAACCGUACAUGUACAUAUGCUGAUAAAGUACUCGUAAAAAAGAAAUAUAUUGAAAAAUGCGGAAUAUAGAAAUAUACACACGACGACAGAGAAACGUAAUAAAAAAAAUAUAUAUACUAUUUUGAGCCACGUUGUAAUCGGGCUUACGGCGGGUGUUAAAAGCUCCAAGUAACUUUACGCUUAUGUAUACAAACAAAUUGAUUCUUGAAUACCGUUUGAGGUAAAG